AUGAAUAUUUUUCUUUUUAAAAAGUUCACCUUAGUUAUAUUUUUUACAUUGACAUAUAACUCAUUUUAUGCGAAGAAGUUGACCAGGGUGAACAACCAUACCAAUUACAUUUCAGCAUCCAAUUCCAACAAUGAGAGUCAAUUAGCUAGCCAUAACAGGAAAUAUUUUUUUCUGUUAAAUAAUGGGGAAUUUGUAGGAAGUCGAAAAAGUAGAUGGAAAGGUGGUUCCCACAUGGGAACCUUAGGGUCAAGUGAUGUUUCAACUCAUAAUACUUCCUUGAAUUUUCCAAAAAAUACCACAGACAUGUUCAAAAUAAAUGAUCCAACGUCUCUAAUCGGAGGGCAUGUAACCAUCUGUAAUGGGACAUUCAAACAAUGCAAGGGGGUUAUUCUGGAUUUGAAGCAAACAGAAAAAUUUGAGUAUGAACUCCUGGUAGUAAUCAAUAGAGACGAAUCGAUGAAGUAUCCCAAGAACAUUUUAAACAAAUUUGGGAAAAGCUACUGGUUUAAUAUUAACGAUGUUCAAAUCGAGAAAGUGAAGGAUUUGUUUUUUCACAAAUAUGAAAAUUUUUAUGAUAAAAAAGAACGUGCAUUGGAUGAGGACUUUAAGGAUGUGCGCGAGAUUAAGGAGCGAUUUGGUGAACUGGAUGUGGCCCUCCGAGGGGUGGAAGCUGAGAUGAAAAGUGAGUUCAGUAGUGAAUUGGGUAGUAAAGUAGAAACAGAGUUGAGCACCGAAUUUGGUAGCAAAAUGGAAGCCAAGUUGGAUUGCGCACUGGACAGCAAAGUGGAAACCGAGAUGGAUAGCGCACUGGACAGCAAAAUGGAAGCCAAGUUGGAUUGCGCACUGGACAGCAAAGUAGAAACCGAGAUGGAUAGCGAACUGGGAAGCAAAGUAGAAACCGAGAUGGAUAGCGAACUGGGAAGCAAAGUAGAAACCGAGAUGUGGGGGGAAGAAACCCGAGGGAUGGCAUCACACGACCCACGUGAGCUGAUCGGGAUGCAAGAAAACUAUUUUAGGGGGAGGAAGGGAAGGCGACGAAGUAUUUUUUGUCACGAAGUUGUAAAAAAAAUCGAAAAAAAUUAUUUUUAUGAAGAUCUUCUAAACCUGUACAAGGAAAAGAGACACUUAUCAAAUAUAGUGGUGUGUUUUUACAUACUAAAGCAACUCGUUCGAAUUUACAAUUUUGAAAGUGACAACGAAAAUUGGAGAAAUUUGUUUUUAAAAAAUGUGAUUCGUAGCAACAUAUUUGAAUUAAUUUUAACAGAUGUUAAGGAAUUUUUGGAAAAAAAAGAAAUAUAUCGAGUGGUUGACAAAACAUGGCUUCUAUGGAUUUUAGUGAAGUUGAAUAUACAUAAGGAAGAAAGAUACAAACCUAUUUUUGAAGAAAUUUUAAACUGCCUUGUUAAAUAUUUUAAUUAUGACAUUUUAAAAAAAUUAAAUACGAAAACUAUGUGUGCAAUUUUGUGGAGUUUAUCAAAAUGUUCCUAUGUAAAUCCAAAAGUGUACAAAAAAAUUAUAUAUUUUUUAGAGAAAUACAUAUCUGUUUUGUCAUGUCAAGAUAUGUCCAAUAUAUACUACUCAUUAGCUUUGAUAAAUUACAAAAGUGAUGAAAACUUUUUCAAUUUAAUUGAUCAAGAAAUAAACAAGAAUAUAAACAAAUUUUCAUUACAAAGUCUUAUAAAUAUACUAUGGGGUAUGACCAAACUGAAAAGAAACAAUUCCAUCUUCUCAGUGGUAAAGGACAAGUUGUUAUUUCAUUCAUCAAAUAUGGAUAUAAGAAACAUGAGUUUAUUUUUAUGGUGCUUAAAUAAAAAUCAGUAUUAUCAUGUUAAUGUAAAUUUCAAGGGGAAAUCUUUUCAAAAUUUAAACAUAAAACAAGCUAUGCAAUUGUUAAUGUUUUUUAAUUACAAUAAAGAAAAAUAUGUAGAAUAUUUCAAGUAUGUUUUAAAUUUCCUGUUUGAAAAUAUCUCCAAAUUGACAAAUCAAGAAAUUUCCUUCCUUACAUACUCUUUGUCAAAAUUAAACUUGCUUAAAAAAAAAUGCUUUUUGAAAAUUAGAAAAUAUAUAUUAGCAAGAGAUUAUAGGACAUUCAAUUUGAUAGACCUUAACAUGAUACUUCAUUCUAUGAACACUAGCAACAUAUAUGAUAAAAUUCUUAUGAAUUACUUGUUCCAUGCCAUAAGGGACAUUUUAACAUCUACAAUCACAAACAACACUUUAACAAAAACCAGUGUCUUACACAAUCCGAAUGAAAAUGACAACAGCACAGAAAUGACAAAAAUGACAGAAAUUAAAUCAUCGCUAAGUAGUGAGGGAGGCACCAUAGAUUGCACAAAUUUUAAUUAUAUAAUAAAAAAUUUGUCCGAGAUGAAAAUAUUUGACCAAAGUAUCAUCUUGAAAUAUGCUCUCUUUUUUUCUCUCAACAUUAUACACAUAAGCGUUGAUCAAAUUAGUGACUACCUGUUUUACACAAUAUCGUUAAGCCCACCUGGGGGCCAAAAUGAGAAGAUGGAAAAAUUGGAAAAUAACAAAACAAAAAUGAACGUCCACUCGAAGAACCAAGUGAGCACCAUUUCCCCCUCUCCUUUUUCGCGUGACCAAAAAAUUGCAAAAUUAGUAAUGACCAAUAAUGAACUAAAGCUGAAGAACGCCAAUUUUGAAAAAAUCUACCAACAUUAUUUAAGCAAAAUCAUUCAAUUUUUAAAAGGAAAAUUAUCUCAUUUUGAUGCGCAUGCAUUUCUUACCUAUCUGGAGGAACAGAAUAACGGAAAAAAACAAAAUGGAGAAGAUGACGAAAAAUCAAAAAGCAAAAUUGACACUUUUGUAUUCAACUACCAAACGGAGAAGAAACAUGAACAUGUAAAAAAAUUGAACGAACUAAUUUUAGAAAAAACCACAAACAAUAAUUCCAGUACAACUAUUCUGGAAAGCCUAAUUUCAGAUAAAGAAUUCUCCUCAUUUGUAAAUCAACAGAAAAGUGAUGAGGAGGAAGAAAAAAAAAAAAAAAAAAAAAAAACAUUCUUAUACAUAUCCCUCAAUUCGCUUUUUCAUCUAUUUUAUUCCCUUGCUUCGUUGAACGAAUUUGAUAAGAACCAAAUUGAUUUUUACUUUGACAAUUUAUACACUGUUGUAGAGAAAAAGAAAAGUGAAAUAACUGCCUAUCAAUGGUUGCUCAUAAAGGAUAUUGUUAAUAUGGUUCAGCUAAAGAAGAAAACACAUUGGGAAAUUCUCCUCGAUAAUGUAAAUACCUAUGUUAGCAACACAGAGCAUGAGUCAAGUGCCAGGUUUGAAACCAUCAAAAUUGAAAUAUAG